AUGUCCACGAAUAUGACCGAUUACCAACCGCCUUCCUACGAGACCUGCGCAAGUGGUGUUUCAGAACGAUGCCCCGUCGAGCUAUCCCUUUACGGCGACUACUUCAACCUGGGAGGAUGCAUCUUCUUCGCCGUAGCCUUUGGACUGGCCCUCAUUCCACAACUAUAUCUCGGCAUCAAGGCGCGGUCAUGGUCUUAUAUGGUCUGGCUAGCGAUUGGCACAUUGUUUGAGUUGAUAGGAUACUGCGGGCGCAUAGUCAUGAGUUCCAACCCCUGGGUCUACAACGCAUUUGUCAUCCAGCUCGUCCUUCUCAUCCUCGGCCCGACACUCGUGGCCGCCGCGAUUUCCAUCACAUUCAAGCACCUUGUCCUGUGGUACGGUCGCGAAUACAGUUUCAUCAAGCCUGUCUUGUAUCCCUGGGUUUUUGUCGGCACCGAUCUCUUCUCCAUUGUCAUCCAAGCUGCUGGCGGUGGUGUCUCGUCGGUCGCUACUAAUGGGAACGAUGCGGAUCAGGGGCUGCUCGAUGUGGGCUCUGGUCUCCUCGUUGCUGGUGUCGUCUUCCAGAUGGCCAACAUGAUCUUCUGUGGUAGUCUAAUGCUUAUCUAUAUCUGGAGGAGACACAAGGCUAUCAAGAAUGGUGCUGCUGUGAGAGCUGGAGAUGAGACUGCCAAUGAGAGUGGCUCAUCUACCAAUGGAGGCAAUAUCAAAGUGAUCAGAGCAACUGACAAGAAGACCAAAAUCUUUGUCUAUGCUCUGGCAGUUGCCUAUGUUGCUAUUAUCAUUCGUUGCAUCUACCGUAUCCCCGAAAUGCAAAUGGGUUGGGGCAGCAGCCUCAUGCAAAACGAGACAACAUUCCUCAUCCUUGACGGAACCAUGAUCCUCAUCUCCGUCUGGACUUUGACGAUCUUCCAUCCUUACUUCUGGUUCCCUUACCUAACCAAGAAGGGAAAGAACGGGACGGACGGUGAGAAGUCUCAAAUAGAAGGGGAAUCGGGUCCUGUGGUGGGUGGAACGCAGUGA